UUUUCCUGUUUCUUCCGCUUUCAGCGCUCAAUCAAGAUGAAUCUCAAAUCAACGAAAUCUCGUUCUACAAUGGCACUUUCGGCGCUACUCUGCCUACUCACCAUAGUCACAUACCACCCAACCUAUGGUGAACUCUUCACGGCGCUGGCCGAAAUGGAGGAACUGAUGGAUACCGAGUCCGUGCUAAUAGCAAACCUGGAGAACUACGUCAGCGUUCAGGAGUCCAAGUUGACUCAACUGCGACGGAAAAUCCUCGAGUACCAGCGCGAGCACGCGGAGGCCGCCAAGGACGUCGGCGCGUACCUGUCCAAUCCGGUGAACGCGUUCCUGCUGACGAAGCGCCUGACGACGGAUUGGCGCGAGGUCGAGAACCUGAUGUCGUACGACGUGGGCGCCGACUUCCUGGAGAACGUCACCAACUACCGGGACGUGCUCAAGUUCCCCUCGGACGAGGAUCUGAACGGGGCGGCGGUGGCGCUGAUGAGGCUCCAGGACACGUACAACCUGGACACGGCCUCGGUGGCACGGGGCGAACUCAACGGGGUUCAGUACAGCACGGAAAUGUCCGCCGGGGACUGCUUCGAGCUGGGUCGGCAGACGUACCUCAACGGGGACUACUACCAUACGGUGCUGUGGAUGAGGGAGGCCAUGGACAGGUUGUCGCAGGAGGUCAAUCGAACGACGACCAAGGCGGACGUGCUGGAGUAUUUGGCGUUUUCUACGUUCAAGCAAGGAAACGUCCAAACGGCCCUACUCAUGACCAACGAGCUGCUCGAACUGGUUCCUAACCACGAGCGAGCCGUCGGCAACAAGGCCUACUACGAGAAAGAGCUGGAAAAGGAAGCGCGCCAGAAGGCUAUGCGUGGGGACGAUGGCAGCGAGGACGUUCCGGUAGAUACCACGAUUCAAAUCAAAAAAGAAACCAGCUCCCUCGUGUACGACUCCACGGAACGAGUGCUGUACGAGCAGCUGUGCCGCGGAGAAGCCCACCGGGCGGAGGCGGAUCUGGCCAAGCUCCGCUGUCGGUACGUCACCAACAGUUCCCCGUUCCUUAAGAUUGCCCCCCUCAAGCUGGAGGAGGCCCACCUGGAGCCGUACAUCGUAAUCUACCACGAGGUGAUGUCCGACGCGGAGAUCGAAGUCAUCAAGCGGCUGGCCAAGCCCCGCUUCCGGCGGGCAACGGUUCAGAACUACAAAACCGGCGAGCUGGAGGUGGCCAACUAUCGGAUCAGCAAGUCGGCCUGGUUGAAGGACGAGGAGCACAGUGUCGUGCGGACGGUGGGCCAGCGGGUUGAAGAUAUGACGGGGUUGACCAUGACCACGGCCGAGGAGCUGCAGGUGGUCAACUACGGCAUUGGUGGGCACUACGAGCCGCACUUUGAUUUCGCAAGGCGGGAGGAGAAGAACGCGUUCAAGAGUCUUGGGACGGGGAACAGGAUUGCGACGGUGUUGUUUUAUAUGUCAGAUGUAAGCCAGGGUGGCGCCACCGUAUUUCCCAGCAUCCGGGUGGCCUUGAGGCCCAAGAAGGGUACGGCUGCCUUCUGGUACAACCUGCACGCGUCCGGCCACGGUGAUUACGCGACCCGCCACGCGGCCUGUCCCGUCCUAACCGGUACCAAGUGGGUGUCAAACAAGUGGAUCCACGAGCGCGGCCAGGAGUUCCUUCGACCCUGCGACCUCACGCCAGACCAUCCGGAAGAGUUCUGACAGCGGAUCGUGUACGAGGACGAGCUGGAGGAGGACGACGACACCGAAUCUGAUGACGGGGGAGAUUUCACGUGAAUUUAAAGCGUUGCACUUCCGUGAGGAGGAGUAGGAAGUGGCGCGCGCCAAUGCCAUGUUACUUGUACUCCUUUGAACUGAGAUUUCGUUGCUCUGGUUCCGGUAAUCCGAGAACCAGGAGCCUUUACCAAUAAGAGUGUACCGUAGAGAAAAAGGAAUUUUAUAGAUAUAUUUUUUAAGGAGAAGAAGAAGGAAACCUAAAACACCAAAAUCAAACAUUCUCAUACCACUUUGUCAAUUUCGAAUCUAACUGCUCUCUUACUUUAAAUUAUCCUUAUUCGCCGCUUAAGUUUAGAUAAGUAGAAGCUGAAACAAUGCAUUUAUUGGUGUGUUUCUCUUUUAGUUUUCAUUCAAAACAUGUUGUGCCACGUGUCACAAAUCCAGUGAAUGUCAACUAAAUCUACCAGUUUUAUCUAUUAACAGUCGAUGUUUCCCAAAACAAAUUAUAGGACUUUUUGUAAAUAAAAUUGAAAUAUUCAAAUUACA